AAGCCGGUGGAAUCUUGCAUUAAAUCCAGCUCCAGUUCGUGAUCACGAGAAAUCGCGGGCUGCCCCCUCUUUUGAGCAUGAUUUUGGAAUACAGGACGGGACUUAUUUUUUACUUGUUUUGGAUACGAUAUUCUCAUGGGAUGCCUCAUGUCAUUCGCAUUGGAGGGAUCUUUGAAUUAGUGGAAGGUGGCACGGUGGGAGCAGAAGAGCUAGCCUUCAAAUUUGCAGUCAACAACAUCAACAGGAACAGGACACUGCUUCCCAACACCACCCUGACAUACGACAUUCAAAGAAUAAACAUCUACGAUAGCUUUGAAGCAUCCAGGAAAGCCUGUGAUCAGCUCUCAUUAGGGGUGGUUGCAAUAUUUGGGCCUUCUCACAGUUCCUCGUCCAAUGCUGUUCAAUCUAUCUGCAACGCACUGGAAGUCCCUCACAUCCAAAUCCGAUGGAAACAUCAUCCCAUGGACAACAGAGACUCUUUCUAUACCAACUUUUAUCCUGACUAUUCCUCUCUCAGCCAUGCUAUUCUGGACCUUGUGCAGUUUCUGAAAUGGAGGACAGCAACCGUGGUUUAUGAUGAUAGCACAGGUCUCAUUCGUCUGCAGGAGCUGAUAACAGCUCCCUCCAGGUACAAUAUCCGGCUAAAAAUUCGUCAACUUCCCAUCGACUCGACUGAUGCCAGGCCUCUCUUAAAGGAGAUGAAACGAGGCAGGGAGUUCCGCAUUAUAUUCGACUGCAGCUACACAAUGGCUGCUCAGAUCCUGAAACAAGCUAUGGCUAUGGGGAUGAUGACUGAAUAUUACCACUACAUUUUUACAACUCUGGAUCUCUUCGCCCUCGACUUAGAUUCCUAUCGCUACUGUGGAGUAAACAUGACAGGAUUCCGAAUUUUAAAUACAGAAAACCUGCAUGUAGCUUCAAUCAUUGAAAAGUGGUCCAUGGAGCGUCUCCAAGCAUCUCCUAGUGCGGAUUCUGGCCUACUUGAUGGAAUUAUGACGACAGAUGCUGCUCUGACAUACGAUGCAGUUCAUAUUGUAUCAAUGUCCUAUCAGCGAGCACCUCAGAUGACUGUUAACUCUUUGCAGUGCCAUAGACACAAGCCCUGGCGAUUUGGAAGCCGCUUCAUGAACUUUAUUAAAGAGGCUCAAUGGGAAGGAUUAACAGGCCGGAUCGUAUUUAACAAAAGCACUGGGCUGCGGACUGAUUUCGACUUGGAUGUUGUCAGCCUCAAGGAAGAAGGCCUUGAAAAGAUUGGAACCUGGGACACAAUCAAUGGCUUAAAUAUCACUGAGAUUUCCAGGGGAAGAGGAUCUAACAUAACAGAUUCAUUGACAAAUCGGUCACUAAUUGUGACAACAAUCCUGGAGGAACCAUAUGUCAUGUUUAAGAAGUCUGACAAGCCACUCUCUGGUAACGACCGAUUUGAAGGAUACUGUAUUGAUCUGCUGAAGGAAUUAUCCAGUAUCCUGGGCUUUGUUUAUGACAUUCAACUUACACAAGAUGGAAAAUAUGGAACUGCAGAUGACAAGGGGCAGUGGAAUGGCAUGGUGAAAGAGCUCAUUGAUCACAAAGCCGACCUUGCUGUUGCUCCAUUGACCAUCACCUAUGCCCGUGAGAAGGUCAUUGACUUUUCUAAGCCUUUCAUGACACUGGGGAUCAGUAUUCUGUACCGAAAGUCAAAUGGAACAAAUGCCGGUGUCUUCUCCUUCCUCAAUCCUCUCUCUCCGGAUAUUUGGAUGUACAUCUUAUUGGCAUACCUUGGAGUCAGUUGUGUGCUGUUCGUCAUAGCCAGGUUCAGCCCCUAUGAAUGGUAUGAUGCUCAUCCGUGUAACCCUGGAUCGGAUGUUGUGGAAAACAACUUCACCCUCUUGAAUAGCUUCUGGUUUGGAGUGGGAGCUCUCAUGCAGCAAGGUUCUGAACUGAUGCCAAAAGCCCUUUCUACAAGGAUAAUCGGUGGGAUAUGGUGGUUUUUCACCCUCAUCAUCAUCUCAUCCUAUACUGCAAACCUGGCUGCUUUCCUAACAGUUGAACGCAUGGAAUCCCCCAUAGAGUCGGCUGAUGACCUGGCUAAACAAACGAAAAUAGAAUAUGGGGCAGUUAAAGAUGGAGCCACCAUGACUUUCUUCAAGAAAUCAAAAAUUUCCACUUUUGAGAAGAUGUGGGCUUUUAUGAGCAGCAGGCAGCAAACAGCACUCGUUAAAUCUAACGAGGAAGGAAUCCAACGAGUUCUUGGUGCCGAUUAUGCCUUUCUAAUGGAAUCUACCACCAUUGAGUACAUCACGCAGAGGAACUGCAAUCUGACCCAGAUCGGAAGUCCCAUGGACUCAAAAGGCUAUGGUAUCGGAACUCCUCUUGGCUCACCAUAUAAAGAAAAGAUAACCAUUGCUGUCCUACAGCUUCAGGAGGACGGCAAGCUGCACAUGAUAAAAGAGAAAUGGUGGCGAGGUAACGGCUGCCCUGAGGAAGAGAACAAAGAGGCCAGUGCCCUCGGGAUUCAAAACAUCGGUGGCAUCUUCAUUGUGUUGGCAGCAGGCCUCGUGCUGUCAGUGUUUGUGGCAAUAGGAGAGUUUAUUUACAAACUCCGAAAAACUGCAGAACGUGAACAGAGAUCCUUGUGCAGCACCAUGGCCCAGGAACUUCGGUUAUCUCUCACGUGCCAGCGGCGAGUGAAACACAAGCCUCAGGCGCCAGUCAUGGUGAAGACCGAGGCAGUAAUCAACAUGCACACAUUCAAUGACCGACGACUGCCCGGGAAGGACAACAUGACCUGCAACACCGGGCUGACUCCGGUGUUUCCUUAGGAAAUAUGCAGUCUGUGCUGGGAGCAGAAUAGGCGAGCUCUAGCACUGGAAGAGGAGAGAGGCUGGAGCUUUGUUUCAGAGACAGGGCCUGUCAGACG